AUGGCUUCCACAACGAAGCUAACCCCUUUAGCUGACGUUAAGCCUUAUAGGACUGGGUGGAAGGUUCAAGUGAAGGUGUUUCAUACAUGGAAACAAUACCAAACCAAGAGUGGGGAGUCUUUGGAAAUCAUCCUGGGCAAUGAAAUGGGUACCAAAAUCCACGCAACUGUCAAGAAAAACUUGCUGCAUCGUUUUGAACAGAUGAUGGUUGUCGGGGAAUGGAAGUUCAUAGAGAACUUUUCAUUGAAUCAGGCUUCAGGACAAUACCGGACCACCAGGCAUCAAUUUAAGAUGUCAUUCAUAUCCUCUACAGUUGCCAGCAAAAGUUCUAAGCGGUCAGACAAUGUUAGUAGACAAGUUGAAAGUUUCUGUGAGUUGCAAAUAAUAUCUGUUAUGAAUAAGGACACCAGCAAACUCGAGUUCGCUCUACGAAAUGCUAAUGAUGAACGUUUACCAUGCACACUGUGGGGAAAGCUUGGUGAGGAAGUCUAUUCGGUGAUCGUUGAAUUACAAGUAGUUGUCAAACAACAAAGUUUACCUGAGAACUGCGGACGUAUUGCCUUCUUGAGUAGCAAACCUCAACAAAGGGUUUCUUAUGGUGAUGAGAUUCAUUUCGAUCAGUUCCCAAUGGUCAUUAUUUCAGAAUUACAAGAUUCUCUUGAGGUUGUGAAGUGUAAGAUCAUGUGCACCAUCUACGCGGUUGACACAGACUGGUCGUGGUUUUAUUUGGAUAUUUUAAAUCAGAAAGCUGAUGAAAUUCUCAAGGGGAACUUUGAUGAGAUACAAGAUCCGGAUGUCGUUCCUGAUGCUCUGCAAAACUUGAUUGGGAAGACUUUUCAGUUUCUGAUUUGUGUUGAGAAAGAAAAUCUCUACGGUGGUAGUAAUACAUACAAAGUCGGGAAGGUUUGGAAAGGAAAUGAUGUUUUAUCCGCUGAUAAGGUGAAUGAAUCUGAAGAUAUGGGUGAUCAGAGUUUGCUCUUGUCUAGUAAUAAGGAGAUUGGUCAGAACUACAACAAGAAUAUUCUCGACCAUCAACAUCGUGAAGGACAUGUUGAUUAUAGUAGUCUUGGUGUUGAGGAUCCCAAAGAUAUGUAUGAUGAUGUCGUCUUCCCAAACAAAUACUGGGAUUCAGAAGAUGAGUAUGAUUAUGAUCAGCGGUUUGACUGUAGCAGUCUUGAUGGUUCGUCCGAUGAGGAAAACUAUAUUAUGGACAAAGCUGGCGAAAAAAUUUCAUCGAGAAACCUGAAGACUAUGUUUAUGAUGUCAAGAGUUUAG